GGACACGUAUUAAUCAUUGUUUUUUGAUACAUCAUACGCCAUUCAAUUAACACACUUAAGGAAGAAGUAACACAUUCAAGGAAAAAUACAUUAAAAGCUAAAUUAUCUAAUGUAUCGUUUUACUUAAGAAGAAUACACAAGAUACGUCGCCUAUUUGCUGAAGUGGUAUCGCCUAAUAAACCACGCACUAGCGGCUAGGGUAGGAGGAUAGGAUUUCAGAAGCGACAGCGAAAAAGGAACUGAAUGUUGUUGUAAACACAACAUUAACCAGUUAGCUAUAUUAUAAAGAAAUUGAGUGUAAACAAAACAGUACAUUUAUUUGUAUUACCUUUAUAUAUAUUUAGUUUUCGAUGUCUACUCCUGCAAGAAGACGACUGAUGAGAGAUUUUAAGCGGCUACAAGAAGACCCUCCGGCUGGCGUCAGUGGUGCCCCUUCCGAAAACAACAUCAUGGUGUGGAAUGCAGUCAUAUUCGGCCCAGAAGGGACACCUUUUGAGGAUGGCACAUUUAAGCUCACUGUUGAGUUCACAGAAGAAUACCCCAACAAACCCCCCACAGUGCGAUUUGUGUCAAAGAUGUUUCAUCCAAAUGUGUAUGCAGAUGGGAGUAUAUGUCUGGACAUUCUACAGAAUCGAUGGAGUCCAACCUAUGACGUAUCAUCCAUUCUUACCUCUAUCCAGUCCCUGCUAGACGAACCAAACCCCAACAGUCCGGCCAACAGUCAGGCGGCCCAGCUUUACCAGGAAAACAAGAGGGAGUACGAGAAGCGUGUGUCGGCCAUUGUAGAACAAAGCUGGAGGGACAGUUGACCAGACCCUCUCCCUUCUGUCCUCCUCUGUCCCCAGCACUGAGCUGUGUGACUCGAGUUCUAGUGGAGUACAUCUUAAUUUAUUUUUUAUUUUUAAGCUUUUAUGCACUUUACCUCUCCCUUCCCUUGUAGAACCUCUUUUUUUCUGACACGCUUGGAGUGAUUGUUUUAUUUUAUUUUUGUAUUUUCCCCUCUCAUUUUGGCCUAUCAGGACGUAUGUGCUGAAUCUUGCCUUUGCCACCACGCUCUUCAAUUGAAGACCAUUUUUGGAUGUCAAUUACCUUGCCUCAUACCUUCACUGAAACAAAUGAGUUGGACUGAUUUGUUUAAUGUUUGGAAGAAAUAUCAAUUAUGAUAACCUAGCUUGUAGGUUCCUUCUUUGGUGUGCUCCCCUUACUUUAUAUCAAGCUAAUUUUACAAAGCAGCAUCUGAGCUAUCAAGCUCUACCUUUCUUUGGACAAUUGCUGCCCGUGUUCAUCCUAAACACCCUGAUUGAGAAUCAGACCCACAAGCUUAACCCAUGUCUUUGCUGUGUUGUGAGCUCUGUUACAUGCAUGACAGUGAGUGCAUUCAUGUUGUUCAGUACCCUCAAUGUAUAUAGGAAAACAUACAUCUGGAUUUAUGUACAGAUUUUGCACUGGUUGUUCAUGUCAUUUUUUCCAGCACUUGUAAAUAAAGGCAAAACUACCUUUACUUUGA